CAAGCCAUCUCAUGUUUUAGAUGGAUUCUAUAUAUAACCCUCUGCUAGUUCUUUCCCUGCCAGACCUGUCCUUCCUUAUCCUUGUGCAAGUGUAUUGAUUCCAGCACCUCGUGCAUCUGAUUCUUGGAUCUCGUAUCUAGUUAAAUCUGCACAGAGUUUCUGAAACCUAGGAAUUGUGUCGUGUUGUGGUCUUCUCAAUAUUUACAAUAGCUUUGUUCUCUAGCCUUACCCAUAUAUAUUAAUGUAAUUUUUGCGUAUAGCUAUAGCUACAGGAGGAGAGGUCAAAUAGAACAAAAUAUAUGGUACCUACAACCCACCUCGCCCUACGCCUACCUUUCUUGUUUAUUGGUUCAUUCGUAUUAUUCCGUCCUCGUCUUCGACGUAAGAGGUAGAUGCAAUAUGUCUAUCAAGGGUGCACAGAACAGAACGUAGCCGUAAGUACGUGUAUUAUUAGCUACACACUAUUGACUAAGUAGGGCUCUACUUGGAAAAAUAUUUUUUGUUUCCUCCAAUUCCGAUAUCCUAGACAACUCGUUGAUGAAGUCCUCUUGCAAGUCGUUGUUAAUCAAGUACAGUAGCAGUAGUUUCAACUACUUAACUACUCACGAGGUUCCUUCUCUGACGCAGACGAAGUUUGUCCACCUCCUACAAGGGGACAAGAACUACUACGUGUGUUUUUCGAUGAGAUUAUAUCUUUAGUCAUACUUGGUAUUGGUAUAGAAGUAGUAGAUAUUGACAACAUUCGUUGUAGUCUCGGGAUGAUAUCUAUAUCAUUUGUUGUAAAACCAGAAAGUCAAAAAUCGGACGACUCCUCUUCUUGAGUGAAUCGUUUAUUUUUUUUCGUCGUAAUUAUGUAGUUUAUGUUUAUGAAAAAAUGACGAAGAUCAUGAGGAUGACAAAAAAGCAAGGACAAGAACAUCUUCAGCACGAGGACACUAAAGAUAAAGGUAGUCGUGCUCCUCGUGGGGGGGAAAUUUAUUCCCUAUUGGAUGUGGUGCCAGAAGCUGCUUUGGUCGUAAUUUUCGAGUGCCUGGACCCGCUAGCAUCUUUGUAUGUACUCCAGGUUUUAGGCCGUGUGUCGUUUCAGCAACAUCCGAACAUCACGAGUACUACUGCGACAAGUAGAAGUGAGACGUCGUCGACGAGCAAUAGUUGUGCUGUCGCUCUUGAUGUAGUUGUGAGUCCGACAUCAUCAAGCAGGCCCCCCAACAAGAAGGACAAAGCCGACGAAAAUGGAGGUCAAUUAAUUUGUAAGUCGAAUGGUGCUCCGUCAGUAUGGGGUACUUCACAAUCAGCCCUUUUCCGUUACCGCAUAGACUCGAAGAGUGUGCCAAACGACUUGUCAGAUCUCGUUCAUCGACAGCAGAACAAAAAUGAUGUCCAUGCUGAGCAGAACAACAGCAUCUUGAGUAAAAACUCUACUAGUACCUCCGUAGUAGAAGAACUAUUAGACAAGGACCGUCGGGAUCGGGUUCGGGAUAUCGAUUUGAUUAGCGCAGGUGUUGCAGCAACCGCUUUCUUGGCUCUCUCCACUAGUGGUGCUGUUUCUAUUCCCGUUGAGGGCGUGCCGUUGCAGUUUGGACAAGAUGCUGUUGUCCUGCCACUCGUGCAUUUCGUUACUGGGAUUGUGUUAUGGCUGCUGGAAUAAAGUUUAAUUUAAGUACUCCUGUGACUCACUAGUAUUUUCCCAAAUACAACAAGCAUCAGCACCAUCUUACUCUUCUUUUCAUCCUCUAAUCCAACCCGUCCUGGCUCGCUUACCGCUCCUCCAGACCUUACACAUUAGUAAUUUGAGUUUACGGGACACGAGGCAAGACGUCAGCGAAUUGCUGAUGCUGUUGCAAGAGGGUUCUUGCCUCAAAGAGAUCCGGAUCGGAGCGCCGAUAUUUGAUGUCUCGCACUCCAGUUUGUUCCUCCAACCUCCCACUUCUAGCGCGGGAACUGAAACUGCCUCGGUAAACGUAAACAGAAGUCCAAGUGUCACUGCAGCUUACGCUCCAGGAUUACUCUCGUCGGAUGUCAGAACCCUUCUAUCUGCUGGUCCUAGUACUGCUACCCCUACCGUCUCUCAAGCUGGCUCAACGACUGUAGGACAGAUCUGCGCAGGCAUGUUCCUGAACGAUAUCUGUCAACGUGGACAGAUUUUCAAUACUCCUGGGCUUGGGCACCAAGAGACAAGUGGUGGUAGUGCUGUUUCUACAUCUGCGACAUCAACUAUUACAGGGCCGUCUACUAGUACUAUACUUUCUACCUCUUCUGUAGCGAACAGUGCUACAUCGAGUGAUAGUACAAGGACAAGCUCGUCUAGCGGUGCUGGAAACGUUAACCCGUCAUUAAUAGUGAACAUGACUCAUACUUCAGCAGAACGCGAAGUUGCUUCACAACUACUUGAAGAUGAGGAGGACGAAGAGGUGAAGCUUUUCGGUAGUAGUAUCUUAGCACGCUUGAGCCCUGAAGAGCGUAGUUUGGUUGAGACAUUAGCGUGGUUGCGUGGCUGGUUCUCCCGUAAAUUCGAGGAACGAUCGCAAGAGGACUAUCGGACACAGGUCUCGAUUAUUGCGAAAGAGGAAGAACAGCUGACUCAAAAGUUGUUGCGACUGCAUCCGUCCAAUGGCUCUCUUAGUAUUAAGGCUCAACUUUCAUCAUAAUUGGUCAUGGAAGUUGGUCACUGACACCGAAGCGGAGACCCCUUGAGACAACACGGGAAAUCUAAGGGAAGAAGGGGAAAGCUCUGUAAGGGGCCUUGUCCCGUUCAGAGUCAGUGACCAAUGUAUGACUGCUGGCCUUUAAUAGUAGCAUGGUAGGUGCUGGGACUAGUAGUGCCGAUCUGAUGCGUCUUUCGUGGAACAUCGGCUCUCCGACUCCGAUGGAAUAUAUGGAUCAUAGUGGUCCCACUUCUCGGAAGAUGUCCCAUGAUAGCGUUCUUGACAACGGGGGAAUAUCAGGUUCGGAAUCUAGUGGCCCUUACCUUGAUACAGGAGCACAACAUCCUCUCUCAAUGACUUCUCGCCGUCUUAAGCAAGUAGCGUCGAGCUCGAGCGCCUUUUCCUUGUCCGAAAGGUCCCCACGAAGCAGCCCUUGCAGGAUGGAGCUUGAAAAUAGCGAUGCCUUAAUAUCGUCAAGCCAGGAUCCUGCAAGCAAGGACCAAGAUACCAAAGUCGUUGUUUCUUCGAUAACUACGGUGACACAAUCACAAGCACAUCAACCUCAUGAACGUGAUCUUUUCCAUCGGCCAAAUAUGUUAUCGUCUCCUCGUUUAGCUUUAGCACGACAAGAAUCGUUGAUGGACCAUGGCCCUGAUGACAGUGCGCCCACUUCUUCUAGCAUGUGUGGUCCAGCGUCGGCUCCGGCAGCACGGGGUGUAGGAGCAGGGGAACUACAUCAACUACGAGUACAUCAUGGUCUUAGUUGUAGAGGCUCUCGAGAAAGGGUUCGCUCAGUACCCGCGAACCUGAUGAACCGUGGAGGAGCAGAGAACAACCUACAGAGGUCUGUUGCUGAUACCCAACGAACUGACAGUCAGGAUCAAAAUGCUAACCAAAAAACUCUACGCAGGCCAAGGCCACGCUCAGGUGAUCGUCAGCAACAAAAAUACGAUACGCAGGGUAGCUGGAGCUGCAGGUGGAAACCCAACACAGAUCAGAAGUCCUUCUCACGUUCACAAAGUGAUACGUUGGGAAGAUCACCCUCCACUGCUGCUUCAUCUAAAGCUAGUGCAGGCGAGAUCGACACGACUAGUAAAGACUCCUUUGCGCCCCAGAGCAGAGUUGCAGACCCCUCAAGUUCAAGAACAUUCGAUAGACCACCUCAAGAGCAGCAUCGUUCCUCCUCUUCAAUACAACCACAAGCACAUGAAUCUUCUGGAAAAAGAGUAAGAACAUCCUCACACGUGCUCACGCCUGUCAACGCCACUUCAACGGCAUUGCCAAAUACUUCAUCGAUGCCAAAUACGAAUCCUCACAGUUCUUUGGCUACUAAUUCUAGCUCUACUACUAUGCCGAGAACGAUGAUGAACCCCACGGCCCCCAGUGGUCCCUCGUCGUUUUCAUCAAUGCGCGGUGGUGUUGCUGUUCCGUUCAUGUCUCCUCCUCUCAGUCGGGUAAGCAGUUAUCAUAGUCAGUUCGGCAUGGGUUCUUGCCCCGACGACUCCGAAGACGAUGAAAUGAGUAUGACCUGGCAACCUAAAUUAAAAAUCACGCCUUCAGGUUUACUACUCUCGGGAGAAGGGGCUACACAAACAGGAGCAGAUCAACAAGGCCAGCAGCCACUUUCUCCAAGUAGUAGUGCUGGAUCGAUUCUGCGAUCUGAUACACCAAAGUUGAAAGAAGAUCAUAGCUCCACGAACUCGAAGAGCCUCCCUUUUGUAACUGCACCAGGCGGAACGACACCGACACCCUUGUCAGCCACGACAUCUUCGACCGCGCACGAGCAAGUAGUACGGUCGAAGAUGUCGUGGCUGACGAGGUCGACUACUACAUCAAGCAGUACGAAGAACAAACACACCUUCGACGCUGCUGGAACUCCUGCUACGACUUCUGCUUCAGGUUCAUCUCAACAGGAUCAGCAGCACGACCGAUUAAUGCGAGAAGUGGCGUAUCGGAUAUGGCAACUGGAUCAAGGUGUAUGCAGUGUGCCAGCGUGUCUGAUGCGCGGCCUUGCUGGACAGCGCAUGCUCCGUUCUCUAUCACUGUCCCGCGUGACGCCAUCGUCUCUAGAAGCGGUGCCACAGCUCUUCUUGCCGAAUUUGCAGACUCUGACCUUGCAUUUCUCGUUGGACAGACGCUUUGUUUGGAACAUUGGUCACUUGUUUUGCACGCCUAAACUCGAAGUCUUAGCCGUGGAAAACACGAGUCCCAACGCUCCUUGCAACGACCUAAUUUCCGAUUUUCCAGUCCUAGAAGGAGCGGAGAAACUUUUGAGCGACUUGGCGGCAGAAGAACUGGAACAAGAAGAUGCCCCUGAGGCGUUUUUCCUGGACGAUAGUACUUGUAACAUGAAGAUCGUCGACUCCAACAACCUGCAUUUCAAUGCACAAAGAGCAUCGUUGAAUUCCUUUUUGCGUGAACAACGGGAAUCAGUAACGUGUGAGCCAAUUCUAGAAGACCUCCAUUGUGAGGACGAUCCCGCCACUCGGUCUCUGACGAGAAAUGAUAUGCACCAGGAGGUCUUGGCCUCAAGGAGUGAUUCAAAAACUUCUUCCGUGGGAUGUUCCUUUUCUGCAGAAUCCGAUGAUGCACGUUCGUCGUCGCAAUCUUCCGAGAACUCGUGGAGCAAUGGACCGCAUAAGAAAACGCGCCUAAGCAACUUCCGCUGUCUGAGGAUACGAAGGAUGUGCUUAAAGUUAAGCCAGGGUUGAAUGUACUUCUAAGUGAUAGUGAGUCGUUAUAAAGUAGUUAAACCAACAUACAAGCGAAGUUGGUAUUUCACUUCAGCAGCUUUUUUUUUCCUCUAAUCAAAGUCGAAGAGGUUCGUCCAGUAUUAUCGCUGCUCUCUUCUGCACGACCGGAGAAACUAGAACGUGUGGCUUUCGUCUGCGACCCAGCAUUGCCGCUUACUGUUUUCGUAAUUUUUAUUUUUUCGCUUCUAUUUUGCUUUUGGUUAGCAUAUUAAGCCAUGAGUGAUAACAGUGUUGUCCUUGUUAGUUACUCAUAACGUCAGUCUCUUUCCAUCGUGUUGGAACCUAGUAGGUCCUCUUUUCCUACAAGCUGUCAGCUACAUCUUUAACUCACACAUAUCACACGUCACUGCAGGAACUAGUGAAAAUGCGCAUCGGUCUAGGGCUUCCUGCGUUUGGUGCUCAUCGUGGUGGAAUCCUGGGAUGUCGGGAGUGGCCUGCUAGUUGGCCCGCGGUCCGAAAAUUUUGGCCUGACAGAAACAGCGUCACGGGGUUUGCAGUCUUCAAGUCCGACAUUUCUUUCUCCGAAUUUGGGGAGGACCCAAGUAACCACUGGAAUAACCGAAUGAGUAAGAAAGAACGGGCUUUCUUCGAACACUUGGCAACGUUCAUACGCGAACAAUGGCUAGGUGGUGGGGAACACGGUGUUGAACAAGUUUUGUAGAAGGAGGGGUAGCGGCUUGAAAAACUACAAAUAAACCUACUUCUAAUAGAAAUUAAAUGAUUAAAUAGUAUACCUGAUGCUCGGCUCCACCACAAAUUGUAUAUACCUGAUGCUGAUACAGAAGCAAGAGUUUGACAUAUUUAUAUGUCUUCUUUGCUCGAUGAGCAGAUGAGGCCCCGUUGUUGUUCAGAGUAGAGUAAGCUUGAAAAAUUACUCGAUUAUGAAGGGCAAGGCAGAUCAACUCUUUUUUCCUUGUUCUUAGUGUAGGCAAAGAUUUUUUCCAAUACAUCAUAAGACGACAGUUUUUUUGGAUUCUUGUGACAGGAAUCUUAUAACCACUAGCAUGGUGCUACUGCUACAGAAAAAAGAUGAAUCACUUUUAUUUCUCUUCCGCGUCCUCCCUUAAUGCCUAAAACAGACACUGAUAGCGUUUGAUUCGUCCUCAUAUAGAUUUUUGAUUAGUGUUGUAGUCAGUAGUCUCAUGAUUGUCCUUUGAUUCAUUGCUAUUGUACCCUUCGUACAGUAUGUGUAUGAGCAUGCAUGAUUUGCGUGUCUUUUUUGUGAUCAUAUACUUACAUUUUUUUUAGGUAGUACAUACAACUUAAUUUCUCGUCCAGCUUUUGAUACCCUUUUCGUCAGCUUUGUCUGAUUCGUGUACUCCUGGUAUUCACCCAUAGUUUGUCAGCAUCAAGCAGGCGUAGCAAGCAGGUUUUUUCACUAUCAAUCUUCACACCGCACACCAUUAAGGAAGAAGUCAAAGUAGAAAAAUGAAUGUCGUUACCACGAAAGUGAGGCUGGAUUCAAAAUCGUCUUCAUUUGGGUUACGACAGUGCAACCACAAAAUGUAUAAUCUACUUACGACUGAAUCUUCACAAAGCACCAGCACCUCCAUCAGAUAUUCGAUUUCGAUGUGAUGAAGAAGAAGAAGGAGGCUCACUCGAUCAAGCAUGAUGCAACCGAUCGCUAAUACCGCGCAAACCUCGUUUCUUCUUGCAAACAUGUUCAUCAAUCACUGUUUACCUUUAGAUGAAGAUCUUGGCAUUGAUCAUAGACCUAAGAGUCAUAGCUUUAGUUAGCUACUAGUACUGAUUCGUCUUAUUCUUGUAAGAGUAAGAAUAGCGAUUUCAUAGUAAUGAAUCGAGCGUCGUCCUCGUCACGACCAACAACAUACUGGUUGUGCUUAUCUUACGCAUCUCUAUAAGAAAUCUAAGACAAAGACCCACCAAAGAACCAUUUUUUAACAUAAUCUUCAACCCGCUACAAAUACAUUAUCACUCUCUCUCUCUUUCAUUCACAUAAUUGCCGUAACUACUUUGUAUAGCUACAGAAUCAUUGGUCUCAUACUCAUAGUCAAACAGCAGCAUUGAUUAACGUGGAAAUCUCCUGUACAGAAGUUGAUGGAGUUGUAUCAUUGAUUAACACUUGGACUCAUUGGGAUUGGAGACCUGUUUUAACAUAUUAUCAACUCCAUGAAGAUCAUAGGAAAAACUGAAAACGAGAAGGGAAUCUUGAUCUUUCUUCAGAGACAAACUCUGAAAAUGAUCUGUGUGCUGAUGUUAGUUCAUGCUCAUCCUCCAACAUCUAUUUCUAUGUUCUACUUUAGUACAUCUACAUGAACACCCAUCUUCUGUGUGUGAUGCUGAUGGCCAUUUGAUCUUGCAAAGAAACCGAAGAGGAUCUCCUGAAGCGGACG